GUAAAAGUUUAGGCGAUUGCUUGACAUUACCACCUUGACACUUUGUCCUUUGGGAUCUUCAUGUAGAUGAAAACAAACAAACAAAAACUCAAACCAAACGAACCACAAAUACAAACCCUAUCUCUCUGCACAUGCAUUUUCAGAAAGCAGCGAUGCUCCUUUCGGUCGGGAGCUGCUGGCUGCUGUGUUUGUGUUUUUUGUCGCUCUGGGUGUGUGUUGCGCUGUUAGCGUGGGUGUCCCCUCACGUCCCCAUGUCCGUGCCCGCCCGCCAAUGCCCCGGGUCCCUGGGCGUGGUGGGCUCCUGUGGCUGUGUGUUCCUGUCUGUGUGGCUGUCUGUGCGGCUGUGUUCCUGUUUGUGUGUCUGUCUGUGUUCCUGUCUGUGCGGUUGUCCCUGCCACCCGCGGCCGGGACAGCCCGGCCUCAGCUCCGCCCGCCUCGGGACGCGGCCUGCGGGGGACACGGCGGCUUCAGCAGCCGCGCUGCUUUCUGCCAGCGCUCCCCGGUCACUUCUGUGGGGCGACUGCUCUGCCUUUUCACUUUUAGAACGACGCCCCAAAUGGCAGCGUGCGGUGCUGGCACCUCGCCGCCCGCGUCCCGCAGAAAGUUGGCAGUGUUCUCUCCCUGUGCCGUGUCCGUCCGUGCCUUUGCGGCUUCAAGAGAGGAGAGCCGGGCUGCACCUGCGCUCGCCCAUCGGCUCCGACACCCUCAGGGGGAGCCCAGCGGGGCAGGGGCAGCGCCAGGCCCCGGGGCUGAGGGGAAGAGGUCUUGCCCGUCCUCUUCCGCGGGACACUUGGGAGUGACGAGAGCAAGGCUUGGACGCUGCUGGGAUGGAGGAGUCUGUGUGUUUGUGUGUGUGUGUUUGUAGUGAGGCGUCCCGGCUAGCGAGGAGGGUUCCGCGGGGCCAAAGCGCUGCCCCGGGGCGAACAGCACCAGCCCGAACGUGUCGGUGUCAGAAGUGGAAGCGGCAGCCCUGCGGUCCCGCGCCGCAGCAGGUUGGGAUGUCGGUCUCUAUCCUUUCCUGUCACAUGGCUGGUAAUAGGAUCCCUCAUCUGCCACUCGGCACCUCGCCGGGGCGCACUUACAGGACACAUGCUGUAGGGCCUCCGCUUCCCGCACUUUGCGCUCUUCCCGGCCGCCUGCCACCCCCGGAGAGCCGGGGCUGCCGCCUGCGAGCGCGACGCGGCCCGGCGGCCGCUGCCUAUGGAGCCUCCCGCCCUCGCCGCCGUCCUGGCCUUCUCCGGGCUGGCGCUGAGCUGCUGCCGAGAGCCCGUCCUGUCCGAAUGCUACACAGCCAACGGGGCUGACUACCGUGGCACUCAGAACCAGACCUCCCAGUAUGCAGGGAAGCCUUGUCUUUAUUGGAAUGAGACCUUUGAGCAUCCUUACAAUACUGUGAAAUAUCCCAAUGGGGAGGGAGGGCUUGGAGAGCACAACUACUGCAGAAACCCUGAUGGGGAUGUCAGCCCAUGGUGCUAUAUUGCAGAACAUGAAGAUGGAAUAUACUGGAAAUACUGUGAGAUCCCAUCCUGCCGAAUGCCAGGGAAUCUGGGCUGUUACAAGGACCAUGGGGAGCCACCACCCCUGACUGGCACCAGCGAGACCUCCAACAAGCUCACCAUCCAGACGUGCAUCAGCUCCUGCCGCAGCCAGCAGUUCAAGUUUGCAGGCAUGGAAUCAGGUUAUGCUUGCUUCUGUGGAAAUAAUCCUGACUACUGGAGAUACGGGGAGGCAGCCAGCACGGAAUGCAACAGUGUUUGCUUUGGAGACCACACUCAGCCCUGCGGUGGGGAUGGCAGAGUCAUUCUCUUUGACACCCUUAUUGGUGCCUGUGGAGGGAAUUACACUUCUGCUACAGCUGUGAUCUAUUCCCCAGAUUUCCCUGACACAUAUGGCACAGGCAAAGUCUGUUAUUGGACCAUACAAGUUCCAGGAGCAUCCCAAAUCCACUUCACCUUUGUCCUUUUUGAAAUCAAAGAUGCUACAGAUAUGGUGGAAUUGCUGGAUGGUUACACCUACCACGUUCUGGCUCGUUUCAAUGGCAAGAACAAGCCUCCCCACACCUUUAACAUCUCUUUGGAUUUUGUCAUUCUGUACUUUUUCUCAGAUGACAUCAAUCAAGCCCAGGGAUUUGCUAUCAGGUAUAGAGCUGUGAAGGACAAUGUGCACCAAAACAAGAUCCCAGUGAAUCACACCCUUCCAGAGAGGACAAAUGAACAAGCAAAUCUCAGCAUCAAUGCAGCCCGGUCAUCAAAGAUACUCUAUGUCAUCACAACCAGCCCAAGCCAUCCAACCAGCUCCAUGCCUGAAUGGACAAUAUACAGCCUCACAGCACUGCUCAUCCUAAGUGCUACAGCCAUAAUAGCAAAGAUACUUCUGCAUGUUACCAUGAGGUCCCACCAGAUUCCAGCUGCAGCUGAAACAGAGGAUUGCAGUGAUGUCACUACUGCUGGUGAGAUCUGGAGUAUAUUUUACCAACCAUCCACAUCAAUUUCCAUCUUCAAGAAAAAGCUUCGAAAUCAGCAAGAUGAUUGCAACCCACUGGUGGGAGACUGAGCUUUUAUCUUGCAAGAAUUGAUCUCCUUCAAAUCCAGGUGACUUGAGAUUAAUCUUCCUUUUCUUCCUCCCAACCUCAUACCUGUUUUCCAAAAAGUCCAUUUCCAAAGGCCUUUGAGUGACUUUGCCUCUCUGCUGUUCUCUUGGAUCUAGCAGUGACAAUGGAUUUAAUUGCAGCAAUAAUUCUGAAAUACCUGGUGCUCCUCAAGUCUGUAGUGCUGUUAAUUACUGCCUUUAAAACAUUGCACUUAAAAUAGAUGUAAAAACUUGUAAAAUUCAACAUGUCCUGUACCCCUGCCCAAGGUAACUGAAGGGGUUUUUACAGGUUGAGGAUUUCUUGUGUCCCCCUUGCCUGUGCCACUGUAUUAGAUCAGGCUACUUUAGUCCUUUUAUUCUCAAGCUGAAGACAGAGGUGGGUACUGCUAACCUGUUCAGCAAACAGAGCUUAUUUACCUUGAUGUAAACAAUCUCAAUGGUAUUGUACAGGAGAAUGGGAAUCAAAGACUGGAAAAAUGAUCAGCCUGGUUGCUCAGUGCUGCGCUCUUUCUGCAUGUUCUGUGCUACAAUGAGAGAUGCAAACAUAAAAAAUCAAAUUCAGGAUGCCUCUAUAACAAGAUUCAGCUACAAAUAUGCAUUUUGGUUGACUAGAGCUCACCAGGUCAGGGCCUGCAGGAGCAUUGAAGCCUUUUAAAUGACUCUGUCUGACCCAUCAUUUGCUGAUGUUUAUGAUCGUUUUGUUCAUAUUCACAGUGAUCCUUUAAAAAACUAAUUAUACUCCAGCCUGAAAGCCAGCAUUGAUCCUGGGUAUAAGCUUAGGGCUUCUUAAAGGAUUGUCCAAAGAUAAUCCACUGAAUUUUUAUCAGUGAGGCUGACUAACCAAUUUUUGCUCUGAAGUCACAUGCAUUGAUCUCAGCAGCCCAAACAUUUUACAAAGUUGUUGGCUGCUAUCACCAACUCCCCUGGGCCAGGCUGUGCAGCUGAGCAUGCACAAAACAGCUGCCUGGACACUCACCUGGGAGGAGAAGUGUCUCCUUGCCUGCAGCACUAAAACUGAGCUGAAUUUUUAAGGUAAUUGCCUUACUUGUCAAAGAACUGAAACAUCAGUGGGGUUCUGAUCUGUGAACUAUUUUCUUUGAUUGCAACAGACAGCAUUAACUAUUUCUGCUCUUUGGUGGACUGGCUGUCCAUCCACAAUACUCAGAUUUCUCAUCCCACCACCACAAGUGGGAAACAAGUGAUUCCAAGGGAUCAGCAGUGAAUCUUUCAGCCUCAGCAAGUUCAGACCAGCAAGAUAUUCAGGAAAAACUGUCAGUGCAAAUGUCAGAUAAAUUGACUGGAAAAGUUUACAGUGGGCAGCUCCUUAAACUCAGUUAGAGAAAGUUCACUAAGAACCAUUAAACUACACUAAUUCUAGUUAAAUUUGAACACUAAUUCUGGUUAAGUCUGAACAUGUACCAAUGGUCUGCAUACACCAGAUGUACAGUCAGAGAACAUCUAUUAAGUACAUCUACAAAAGAUAAUUAAGAAAAGUAAGAAAAUUGGCACUGAGUUUAAAUUCAUUCCAGUAUCUGCCCUUAUGAUUUUUAACAUAUAACUCCCUCCUUUUUGUGAGAACUACAGAUUUCACUGAAAAAUCAGAGCAUCAAUUAAGCAGUGAAAUAUUGUGCCUUACCACUGUAGAUCUGGUCUUUUACCUGAACUGAAUUCAAUCCAGCUUGAUUUAUGCAGCACAGAUGAGAGCUAGAGACAGCUGAACAACAUCACAAUGCAUGCUUAAAAGAAGCCAGACUUUACUAAGCCAGCAAUUAUGGAAUUGUUUAUAUAAAAAAUGGAACAGCAUGGGAACAUCUAGUACUUUCUUGCAUGAGCUGCUGGAAAGAAUACAGGAAAAUAUAAUUACAGUAUUAGCUAAAUGAAGACAGGACAAGUUGUAAAAGCGAUGCUGGUUCUCUCUUACGUGUCACCAUGUUGGACCAAAAACCAUUGUCUGUUUCAGACCCAACACAAGUUCUCAAAUUGCCUUUUUAAAGGUAAGGUUUUGCAUCAUGCUGUGUGGAAAAAGAGUUCACCUCAGAGAUUCAGAGCAAAACAAAGCAGGUUGGUUCCUAAGCAUCCUUAAUUUGGUGUACAAACAGGAAACCAGGCAGAGAGAAUCAGUGUGCUGCCAGAUCCUCAGGAGCUGCUGCAAGCACAUAGUGCUUAUCACAAAGUGAUGAAGCUUUGCUUGCCUUAUCAAAGGCAAGUUAAACAUUUUGUCAGAGAGACUUUGAUAAAGCAGUUAACUAAUGGUGAUAAACUGAAAAAACAUCAGAACACCCAGUGACUGAUGUACACCUACUGCAGAAAGAAAAAAUACAGAAUGCUACACUUCUCUUCAUUAGUGAAGAAUUUAAUUUCACUAUAAUAUUAGAGAAAAUAUUACAAACAGCAACAAAGACUGACACUACUAAUGCAAAAUCUACAGAAUUUAAAAAAUGAGAUAUUUGCAUUGCUCCCUUAGCUCCUCAAAUAUUUUUUAAAUCAAAUUGCAUUUCAUGGGACUUUCAUGGGGAGCAUUCAUCAAAUUUAUGUACUAAGUCCCAUAAAACCAGCACUUACAGCAGAUUAACUGGUCAUGGCAACAAUAAACAGGACUAGUAUUAGACAGUGCAUGGAUAAUUCACUGAUAAAAGCAUAGAAGAAAUUAUGUUUUCCCCCGACAGAAUUUUUCAGAUUGGCUGAUUCUAGAUCUUGCUAGUGCUAGGAAACAGAGCAAUGGAUGGAAAUUCAUGGACAGGGUCCCUUAAAUAGCACUUAUUACUUUCCAGGGCUGAGAGCAUGAAGAGCAGGUAGAUCCCCAGUGUGGAUUUUUCCCAAAUGUGUAGGGCCACUCACACUGCUAGUGGAGCCACUUCAGGGUGUGGUAUCCAUUAACACAGCAUGUUCUGAUCUUUGCUGUAAGGGUUUGGGGGAGAAAGAAGCAAAAGGUGUGACCAUGCACAAGUGUUGUAAUCCAACAAAAGAAAUGCCCCUACUGCACAGGCAGCUGAGAGCUGACACCUCAGCAGGUCCUGAGAAUAACUGAGAAGAAGAGAAUAUUGAGAGAGUUAUUGAGAAUAACUGCAGAAGAAUUUGUUUGGAACUCCUGCCUAGCAGUCCCCUCAGGAGGCUGGACAGGCUGCAAAGGUGACACUGGUACAAUGUCAAAAGCAAUGCCAAAAUCCUAAUGAGGAGCUGCCUCCUCCUUCCCAGGGAUUUCAGCUCCUGCCCUGGCCCACUGCUCACUCUCGUGUUGGUGUGACCAGCUGUGUAGUGGUGCAAUAAACUGAUCAGGGCAAAAACUGCCAUGGCUUUUUCUUCCCUGAGUUCCUUUUCACAGAGCUGAGCUCUCUGCCCUUGCCCCUGGCUGGUGGCACAGGGAGAUGAGCUCAGAGCUCCCUGAGUGCACACUGGGCAGGCAGUGAGCCAUGGGGCAGGGGCAGAUGUGUGCCCCAGGGACAAUGAGCACUUCUGCUGGAGCUCCACAGCCAUGGGUGAACCUGCUGCCUUCACCCAGCUCCAGCGCCCUCCCCUGUGUGUGCCCCUCACGUGGAAAGGGGCCAGCUGACAAGUGCCUUCUCCUUCAAAAUCUACAUUUAAAACUAGUUUAGUUUGUUGACUACAUGAUUUUAUAUGUAUUUUUAUCUUAAUAUUGUUAUGUUGUGGGAAAAUAGAGACUUUGUUAUGUAAAAAUGUGUGAUGUGUUAUCAUAGUAAUAUAUAUAUUUGUAUAUGUAUAGGAAAUGCAUUAUUUAAUACAGCAUAUUAUGCUUCUAUCUUGCUAACAUUUUAUAGGAAGAAAAGAUGUUAGUUUACACUCUGGGAAAAAUAAAUUUUCUAUACACUGUAACCAUAGGGAAAAAAAUCAAAGCUACUUCUUUGGUGUAUAUGAUAGAAAGACAUUGAGAAUAAGGGAACUCAGCCUCAGUUUUGUGACAGAAUAGAUGCUGAUAAAACAAUUGCUGUAAGAAACAUUUUCCUCCUUUGAAUCUCACUUCUAGCCUGUAAUUGUAUUAGGCUGUUCAUAAGAUUCUGCAAAUUCAUGUGCAUACACUCUCUGGAUGAUUUGUACCAUCAAACAUGUAAUCUGCUUUUGCAAUCAAGCAUUAA